UAGUCGUUUGGCAUCAGAUCCUGUUCACGGUUCUGGCUUUCAGUUCCCUUUACUUGUCUGGCAUCUGGGUAUUUCCCUUUCUUGAUUUUGUUUUCAAUUAUGCAUUAAGACAUGUUGCAUUUUAUGUAGAACUUCUAUGUUUGGAGCUAGAGGGGAGUCUUUCUGUGUUAGCUCAGUCUGCCAUAUUGCCUGGAAUUUGGACUUUCUUGGAUCAUUAUAAUGAAAUUCGACAACAUUGGGCAUAUUCAUUUUCAACCAUCCGUUCUUACCUUUGUUCACUUGCAUUUUAUUUAUUUUAUAAACAACUCCAGAGAUUGGAUUAGGAAAAAAAGCAAAAGGAGACAACAUAAAAGUAGAACUGAAGGAGCUGGAGAUUUGUUCGAUCCUUUUGUUGCGUAGAACUGAACCCUCCAGCUGUUGUCUAUACUGAAGAAAUGGCACAGUGAGGCAUGAGCUGCUCGUAUCAUCACUUCUGCUCAUUCUGGGUCCCCCAGGUGAGUGGCGAGUAAUAUACAUAGGACUAGGACCCAUGUGUUUUGCUGUCCCAUCCAGGACUCAAUCCUGUAUGCCAUAUUUUAUCAGAUAUGGUAAAAGAGAGGAGAUAAGAAGUUAUGCUUUUAUAGCAAAGGUUAGAAAUGCCAGAUGAUCAGCAGAGAGUUCUGAAAAACAGUGAAGGUUAGUAUGGACAUCCAUCUUGGGAAAGAGAAGAAGUAGAAGCACCUGUUGGGGGCUAUCACUGGAAUUAUUAUUUUCUGACACCUGCAUCUUAGAGAAGAAUGUGUUUUUGAUGUGUAAAUUGGAUUGGAGGGAAAGUAUAGCUGGCUGAGAUGGAAAGCUACUUCAAUGGCCCAGGAUUAUUCUAAAGAUAUUUACUGAGCAGCUACUAUGUUCCAGGCACUGUGCCAAGCACUUUACUUGCAUUGACUUAUUUAUUUCCUAUGGCAACUCUAUGACAAAAGAAUUAUUACUGUUAUUUCAUUUGACAGAUGAGGAAACUGAGGAUGAGAGUGAUUUAGCAACAUGCCCAAGGGCACACGGCUAGUAAAUGAUGGGAAUGAUAUUUGAAUUUGUGUGACUCCAGAAUCUAUGCUCUUAAUGAUGACUCUUUACUUAACUCAGUUAAUGGUGUACAAUCAGGUAGAGCUUCCCCACAGGAGUGUUAGGUCUGGAGCCUAAGGAAGGACAUUAAGUCAGAGGAAGGUAUGGGGUCAUCUGUACAGAGAAAAUGGUUGAGAGAGAAACAUGAGGAGUCCUCACUCCAGUUCUGCAAAUAAAUGUUAUGAUCUAAUGUAGGCAGCCAGAGAGAAGGGGCAACUGAGUAGAUCAAGGAAGAGGUGCCAGGCAGGAAGAAGAGUGCAUGAGGCAGGGGACAAGCAGCCUCCUCUGUUGGAUGUUUCAUAUAUUGUGACGGACUUUCAUGGAAGAUCAGAGUGUGACCUAAACAUUGUAUUGUCUUUAAAUGAGGGAAAAAAAUCAGCAGAUUUCCCUCACUGCUUUUAGUUCAUUCUCUGAAGUGUCUUUUACUUCUCUUCUUUUUUUUUCUUAAAAUUAGGAAGUUGCUGAGAAGUGAAAAAGGAAGCAGAUGAGAGAAAAACACAAAAGAACUUCAAACAAAUAGAAGGUAGAUGACUCUAGUUUCUGUUACAAAUACCUGGAUUCCAACUGAGACCUGAAUUUGCUGGGGACAGCACCAGGGAGACAGACCAUGUGGCUGCCCCUAGCACUGCUCCUUCUCUGCCUCCCAGGCUGCUCUGCCAUGUCAGGUCCAGGUGCAGUGAGUGGCCCAAAGGGAGGCUCAUUGACUGUGCAGUGUGGUUAUGACCCUGGAUGGGAGACCUACUACAAGUGGUGGUGUCGAGGAGCUGACUGGGGAAGCUGCGAAAUCCUUCUUAAAACCAAUGGAUCAGAGCAGGAGGUGAAGGAGGACCACAUGUCCAUCAGGGACAGCCAGAAAAACCGCACAUUCAGUGUGACCAUGGAGAAGCUCAGGGAAGACGAUGCAGACUUUUACUGGUGUGGGAUUGAGACAACCGGAAUUGACCCUGGAGUCAGGGUUAAAGUGUCAAUUGGUCCAGCACCAACUACAAUGUGGACAACCAUCACCUCCACCAACACCACAUUUAAAGGACCAGCCACCUCAGAAAAGACCACAGCCUCCCCUAAUACGACCAGCCAGCUCUCUGAUGUCAGGCCUAAGAUCAUGGAGCUCAGCAUCCUCAUUCCCCUCAUUUGUGCCGUGUUGCUGCUUCUCUUGGUGGCAGCCUCACUCCUGGCUUGGAGGAUGGUGAAGCGACAGAAGGAAGCUGCUGGGACAUCCUCAAAGCAGGAGAGAUUACUGAGAGAUCAGCUGGCUCUUCCCCCACUUCCUCAUUCCCGUCUUCCGGUGAUCCAGCCCCUGGAGGGUGACCUUUGCUACGCACACAUGACCCUGCACCACACUGGCACCUCCCUGGUUUCCGUCUGGAAAAAGGCCUCUGCCAAGUCAGCCUCCACUGUCCGAGCCAACCAGAAGGAAGCAGAAUAUGUCACUAUGGACCCCUUGCCAAGGGAGGACAUUUCCUAUGCUUCUCUAUCUUUGGACAUCUUGAAUCAGGAGCCAACCUACAGCAACAUGAGCCACCUCACGGCCUGCAUUCCCAUGGGGAGCCUCGAGGAGCCCACAGAAUACAGCUCCAUCAGGAACCUUUAGCCACUACUCCAGGGCUUCCUCUGGGACUUCACCUGAGCCUACCAUGGUGUGCACAUUCCUGUCUCUUCUGCCUUCUCACCCCGGUCCCCUCACCAGGACCAGUGGGUGACUGAGACCUCUGCCCCGAU